CACAGAUCCAUACGCUCAGACGAGGUGAGCAAGAGAGCGAUCGAGUGAUCGUGCGCGCAGCACUACACCGAAAGAAAUGGAAAAGAAAUGGUAAAAGAAGAAAAGAGGUCUUUCUUCUUUAUUAAAAAAAAGUGGUACAUCGUUUGAGUGCACAAGCCAUCAGCCCAGCCAGCCAGCCAGCCAGCGCUAGCAAGACCAAAAUCGAAUGAGAACUGAAUCGUUAGUCGUAUUUUAAAAUCAGUGGAAUAAAGACGUGCAACGAGCUCGUUUGCUAUCGAAGUUAAUACGCAUACGCGCGUGCUCUUCAUUCAGAAACCAAUUUCAAAUUCAGCAUUUUGAUACGAUCGAAAACUAGUUAACGAAUUAUUUGAAAGCCCCCGAUAAACUUGCAUACCAAAGUAGGCAAACACAAUUGAAGAGAAGACGACGACACGACACGAAUCGAAGGAAGGAAAAAAAAACCCGACAAAAUUCCAUUAUUCUUUCUCUUCUUGCAUAUUUAUUGGCCUUUGCUUUGGCUUCUUGAUCACGAAGGCCAAAGCGAAACGAACGAUCGAACGAAAGAAAAAUUCUCUUUCUGCUUUCGGUUUGCAACGUAAACGAAUUUUUCUACAUAUUAGAUUUGAGUGUUCAAUGUGCCGUGGAAUACAAAAUUCUUUUGAAUCAAUUUUGCGCCGAUUACGACGCCAAUCGAUACCAUUGAGUUGUGCAAAUGAAUUCUAAUCCCAUUUAUGGCAUGUGAGCAAAAAAGAAGAAACGAAGAAAAAAGUAAACAAACAAUUUGAUAAAUAAAUCGAAAUUGCACUCGUGCGCCGACGUAGAGAAAAGUAAAGUGGAAGAGUGUUUGCGUGCCACGAUCGAUUUUGAUGAAUUAACGGUCGCGCAACAAAAUUCGAAUUCAACGAAACAUUCUCAAUUGCAUGUUAAUUGCAUAUUUUGACAUUUUUUUUCUCGUUCGGUUAUUUGUGCAACGAGUGAAUGCAACGAAAGCCCAAAACAAAUAGUGCAAUUUACAAUUUUUGACGCCUGAUUUUUCGAUUAAUAUCGAUUGCUUGCAUCGAUAGAUCAACGAGAGAAAUUUCUUUUGAAAGGAAGCAACUAAACGAUCUGAAUAUCAUCAUCGGCCAUUAGAUCCAUCGAAUCGAUUCAAAAUUAAGCAACUGGAUUCCUCAAGUAUACACUGUGGCCUCAAAAUGCGCAGAAAAAAAGGCCGUUCAACGUAUUCAUUUCAAGCGAUGAUACCGAUUGAAGCGACCACCAUACUCUGGGCGUCAAUAGUUUCAUUAUAUUUCAUUGCGUACGGUUCGUGCGAUGAUGCAGCAUUUAACACUAAACUUAGUACAAUCAGUGGCCAUGUCGAAUCAGCAACGCCGGCAAUGCAGCCGGUCAUUUUCACAAAUCAUUCUAUUUCGUCUUCAUCCGAUUCAAUCGAAACCAAUCAUCAAAUUCACAGUGAUCAAUCAUCGUCGCGAGGAAAACGAACAUUCCGUCAAUCUGGCAACGAACUAUGGGACGGUAUAGUUAAUGACUGUUUGUAUAAGCCAUCGUUUUCAUGUUUCCAGAAAAAUAUUUACACAUAUUUGGACAACACGUUAAAAUUGGGCGAUGUCAAUGUGACCGAACGGAUUCAAUUCAAGAAAAUCGACAUCGAUCCCAAUUUAUUGGAACAACUGCAGAAUAACACGGACGAGCACGACAACGAAAUAUCACAAGAAGAAACUCGCGAAUUCAAAUCAGAAUCUCCAAUCGAAGAAGUCACGGACGCCCUGUAUGGCAAAUGGCGAAAUUUCAUGAUGACACACAAUCUGGAGUUGAAAAUGCCGGAAAUCUUAUUUGAUGGUGCCACAUUUCGUAUCACACCUCGUGCCUUUGAUGGUGACGGGGCACUUGUUAAAUUUGAAAUGAUUCCAAAACAAUUACAAGAAGUUGAAUCCGAAUCGGGUCGACUUUUUGGUCUUAAAAAACACAUUAGUAAGUUUUUCAAAAAAAAAUUCUUCAAAAACAAAUUACUGCUAUCAUUUUUGGCGAUUGUAUUGGUCAUCAAGCUCAUCAAGAUCAAAAUAUUCUGGAUUUUACCUUUGAUUGUUGGUGUGACGGCCGCGAAAAAACUGCUACUCAAAUUCGUUUUGUUCUUGUUCCCCGCACUUUCACAUUUAUUCAAACUGUGCUCAUACUAUCACAAGAACUAUCAUGACACCAAGUACCAUCAUCAUCACCAUCAAAUCAAUCAUUUGCAUACGGUGGUACCACCUUGGUAUAAAGACUUCCAUGAUCACCAUCCACAUCGUCCGGAAAUCAUUCACACUGCACCGCCCAGAGGACACCCUGUUGAAUACAUCCAUAGCAUACCAGCACCACAUCCACCGCUACAUCAACAUUAUCCAACCGAUUGGGAACAUUCUGGACCUGGACUUGGCUCAGAAUACAUCUCUGACAUACAUCGAAAUAUACAAGUGAAUCCGCACUCAAAAUCCGAAACAUUCAAACCGAAACUGGAAGAUGAUGAGACGAUAAAUAGUUGGGGACUUGAACAAGCGGUAAAACCAGUCGAAAGCACUUUAGAUACCUAUCCAGCUAAUCCUCAAGCGAGUUUAAGUCCAUUCCCACCGCUCGUAUCCACCGUAGAGUCAUCAAUCGGUCGAGCGCCGUUGCAGGAAGAUUCAUACGGGGCAAAUUCAGCAAAAGUAUACAGCACAUAUGAACCGUCUAGUCAAGUCAAAUAUUCACCCGAUAAAUAUUUAAUUGCCGAAAAAAUUCAAAGCGCAUUACGUCAACAACCUGCUUAUGCCCAGAGUAUGAUCGCUGCUGAUCCAUUUUAUGGCCCAAUUGUGGCACGGAUUGAUAGCAUUCUGAAUCAAUACAGUGCAUAUGUGAGUGAACACUGCAAAGAAUGGCUCGUUUGUAAUAUGUACAAGAGCCCGGCACAGUUUAGUCCGCAUAGUAAUUUCUUAUCAGCUGAAUUGAGCAGAGAUUCUACCGAACUACAAAAACCGGCCGAACUAAAUGCAGCCGUUCUGACCUUCUACAAAUAUGUCAAAGCCGCCAGAGAUGGACAAGAUCAAAAGAGUUGUCUGUCGCUUAAUCCAAAAUGUGCAAUGUAAAAAUGCAUAGCAAAAAGAAAACAAAUGGGAAACACAACGAAUUCAUGAGCAUGAAGCCUAGUUUAUUUAUUUAUUUUUGUUGCGUAGUUUUUAAACUGAAUAGACGAUAGGGAAUUUGUAGAUAGUAUUUAUUUUCGUAUAUUAAAAAGGAGAAUUAAGAAAAAAAACACUAAGAAAGUUUGUGUUUUGAAUCAAGUUGAAAGGGUAUAGAUUUUUGACCAAAGCAAAUGAAAACUAAAAUUAUUUUUAAAUCCAGCAAAAUGAUAGACACACUCAUGCUGCUGCCCACAAACAAAUGUUUAUCAAUGGUGUUACGAGGUUUUUUUUUCUCUGUCUCUUGGUAUAAAAAUCUGUAUAAGCUCCGAAAGUGAAGACAACAAUUUGGCUCACGCAAAUAGUCGCAAACAAUUAGAAAAUAGGACAACAUGUUUCUUCUGCAUAUAAAAAUAAUUGCAACUUGUAUUUUGCCUUUGUAAUGGUAACAUUUGUAUAAAUUAAACAAACAACAACAAAUUAAUAAAUAAAUGGUAAAUAACAAUUGAAAAAUGAA